UCUCACCCCGCCUUUCUAGCAUGACAUGUCAGACUAUAAAGUGCUCUGACUACUCUACAGGAAAGUAGAUUUCUUCAACUGCUACAGUCAGUGCUAUAGUCACUGUUUAUCCACAGAAUCAUGAGAGAGUGUAUUGUAUCAAAAAUGGACAUGGCGUGUACAGACUGUAUGAAGGCUUCUGAUAUGAAAGAACAAAAUGGAAUACGGAAAAGAAACUGGAGGACAAGAAUAUGCUAUCUCUUGAAGAUCACCUCGUCUUCAAAAUCCCUGUCAACAAGGUUAUCUUAUAGGCCAACAGCAGAAGAAGUCGAACAAUGGGCAGAGUCACUUGACAAACUACUUGGUUACAAAUAUGGAAAGGCAGCAUUUCGAAUCUUUCUGAAGUCUGAGUUCUGUGAGGAGAAUUUAGAGUUUUGGACAGCCUGUGAGGAGUACAGGACCAUCUCAUCUCCCGAGAAACUGUCGUCAAGGGCCAGAAGCAUCUAUGAAGAGUUCAUCCAGUGUGAUGCACCUAAAGAGAUCAACCUGGACUACCCGACAAAAGAUGCUAUCGCCCAGAGCCUGCAACUGCCGAGCCUGACGUGUUUCCUGUCAGCCCAGAAGAAGGUGUUCAGCCUGAUGGAGAACAAUUCGUACCCUCGCUUUCUUCAAUCUGAGCUGUACAAGGAAAUAUACAAUGUGGCUAGGGGAGAGGGAAAACAUCUCCAGUCUUAAAGUGAAUCAGCAGGAAGUUUUAGCUAUCCAGUCACACAUUACAUUCAAUUCCACAGACACCACGUAUUUUGGUAUGAGAAGGAGGUAGUUAAUAUGUAGCUUUCCCUUUACACUUGAACGUUUUAUAUUGAACUUUGUGCAUUGUCAAAUAAGUGAAUGUGAUGCAAGCAAGCACUUUCUGGGACCAUUUGUACAGUUUUAUAUUGGUAAGUGUUUUUGUGGAGAUGUGACUGAGGGUGGAAUUUAGUUUUGUCUUUAAGGUGGUUUUGUAUCUCAUUAAGGUGUUCACAAUAUAAAGUUGUUAAACUUACUAUAAAUGAAACAACUGAAUGUGGGGCAAAUGUAUGGUGGCAGCUGGACUGCACACCGUUUAAUAUUUAUAUUUUGUUAUU